ACCACCUAGAUGGUGAGGGAGUGCUGGUAUGAGUACGUACUGUGCGGAGUGUAUGUGGGUGUGGGUGUGAGUGUGAGUGAGUGAAUGAGUGCAUGCACCUUGUCUAGUUGCUCUGGUAGAAGAUAGAUGAUAGUCAACUCUGUAAACAACUUCUAGUUUAGUUUCGGUGGAUUCCUUAGGAAAUUAACCAUCUCACCGUAGUUUGAUUGGUUCCAGUGGGCCCGGGGAUCAUGGAUUUGAUACCAGUUAAUGUCAAUAACCCUCAGUCUGCGCUUUCCGUCGAAACCGAGGACAUUCCAAAUGAUCCAGGGAAAAUGUUCAUCGGGGGCUUAAGUUGGCAAACCACACCGGAGGGUCUAAAGGAAUACUUUGGCAAGUAUGGAGACAUCUCUGAGGUGAUGGUCAUGAAAGAUCCGAGUACAAGACGUUCCAGAGGCUUUGGAUUUGUGACAUUUUCCGAUGCAAACAGCGUGGACCAAGUAUUAGCCCAUGGGCCUCACGAUUUAGAUGGUAAAAAGAUUGAUCCAAAAGUAGCAUUUCCUAGGAGAACCCAUCCCAAGCUUGUGACGAGAACAAAGAAGAUAUUCGUCGGAGGAAUAUCAGCGACAACAUCCUUGGAAGAUAUCAAAAAAUACUUUGAACAAUUUGGAGAGAUCGAAGAUGCUAUGCUCAUGUUCGACAAGCAAACAAACCGUCACCGUGGCUUUGGCUUUGUAACAUUUGUUAAUGAAGAUAUCGUCGAUAAAGUGUGCGAAAUUCAUUUCCAUGAGAUCAAUAACAAGAUGGUGGAAUGUAAAAAAGCUCAACCAAAGGAGGUGAUGCUGCCUGCUUGUCCCACGGGCCGUGGUCGUCCCACCACCAUGGCGUCAUUUCGAGGAGGCUACGGUGAGUUUAUUCUGCCCCAGAGCAAUGCCGAUCCUUUGGCCAGCUUUCGCUUUUCCCCGUACGCCCUGCCGCAAUUGGGUGCCACGGGCUCCAGUCUCGACACCACGGGGUCCAACGCUGCCGCCGCUGCAGCGGCCUCAUUUCACACUAUGUCCAUGGCCAAUUCGGGAGCCAUUCAUGUACCCAACCAUAUGUUCAUGCAGCAAGCUGCCGUAGCCCAAAUGGCCCUGGCAACAGCCGGUGUCCUCUCCCCGAACCCCGUACUUAAUUUCAAUUCCCUGUCCUCCAUGAACAACUCUCCAGGACAGAUUGGAAGUAGUUCAUCCUCGUCUUUGGCCGACAUAGCUCUUCAUCACGCAAGUACUCAUUUUCAAAACUUUGCCACGAGUAAUACCCCUACAACGUCCCAGCCGCAUUGUGCAGGAGCGAGUUAUGACAAGCAGCACUUGUUGCAUCAUCAUCAUCAGCAACAGCAGCAACAACAGCAACAGCAUCAUAAUCAGCAGCAGCAGCAGCAACAUCACCAUCAUCAGGUGCAGCAGCAGCAGCAGCAACAACAACAACGGUUAAGUAAGCACUUGGGCGAAGGGGGUGUUGGGAGUGGCAUGAUGGAGUUGAGUUCCGCCAUGGAUCCCAGCACGCAUUGUUCGCCGAAUGAAAACAACUUACUUCACCUUAAAGCAAUGCCGGUCAGGUUUUAACUUGACCCUUCUUUCACUUUGGCAGCAACACUUGCAAACGACUGCAACUAUUCAUGAGCAAUAAUAACUAAUAAUAGCCACGAUUAUUUUGAAACCAAUAUUUCUCUGAGAUUUGUCUUCCCGAACAAUGAAGGCGUUGAGCAUUGUCAUUGUUGAACAUAAUAACAAUAACACCAAUAAUGAAAUUGAAGCUAGGUAUAAGCGCAAAAAUAAUAACUCAACAUUGGCAAUGUGAUCACAUAUUGUAAUCCGAUACUACACAGUACUGAGAGGUGCAGCGAACAAAAUGAAGCUUUAUAAUGACAUGGUUCGAUUACAGUUGGGUUGGCCCUCUUGUUCUUGUUGGUCUGUUCGUUUGUCUUUGUCUUUUUAUGCUUUCAUUGUCUCAUUCAUUCGAUUUCCAUUUUCAUUUCAUUCAUUGUUGUUAGUUGUAUUACUAGCAUCAAUGUCCAAAUUUCAUCCCUUUGGCAUCGACGAUUUCGAAUUACUAUUAACACUAUUUUCAUCAUCAUUACUAUUCUCAUUACUUCCCAAAAGCUACGAGACGGUCAGCUGGAUUGCUUGGCAUGUAAAAUAGCUUGGUGUGUCAUCUCAUAAGUCCCUACCGCAAAAAACGAAUUUGAUUCACUAACUUAUUCAAGUUCUGAUACUUGGGUUUUCAUCCUUGGUUCAUGAUAGCCUUUGAAAGGUCUGAGUUUUUGUACUAAAGAGCCCCAACUUGAUCUGGAAUCAUAACUAACCGCUUAUGUUCAAAACGCAAGGUUUUAACCAAUACUUGCAUCACCUCUGAUAAUUUCUGUUCAAGUGACCCUGUUUGUUUGGAAUCUGCGUCAAUCAAGGCCAUAUCUGAAAGACGAUAAGUUUAUAUAUGAGGUCACAAAUAUCAGUAGACUAUUUUUGCGUGUGUGCAAUAUGCCCACGAGAUGCAAGCUCUCCUAGUUUCUUAGAACAUGCCUGGACUAGAAGCAAUACAAUCGCUAGUCCAUUUGACCAAAAUGGCGAGCUAUUCAUAACCUUCGUUUGAUACAUAUUACACAACUUAACACCAAGUCAAGCAAGGUGGUCAUCAAGGACCACGGAGUGAGAACCCCAUCAUAACGUACAUUCCUGCUUCAAAACCAAUGAGAACAAAUCUGAUGACAGAAAAAAAGCGAUGAAACAAAGCCAAUCAUCGUCAAUUUUGGUGCUACUGACAGGAACUUUGAGAUCGAAAAUUCUCAAAGCAGAGAUGUCAACCUUGUUCCCAUGUUGUUCAGAACUAACAAUUCGAAGCGAUACGAUCAAAACUACCACAUUAGGAAAGGAUUUAGAAAUACUAAAGAUGUUGCUGUUGUCCUUCUGCAAUUGGCUUGAUGAUCAUGUAUCUAGCGCCCAACAACCGGAAAUGACCCCUACAAUCCCAUUGGCGAUUCCUCACGCCAACAAACAUUUUCGUCUGUGGUUAAUUUUUUGCCAAACCUAACGAAUCCUUUGCAAAAAUACGAAAUCAAUAAGAACUCCCAUGAUUACCCACAUUAACAUUAAUAUGAUUGUUUUUGAUUUUGGUUUUUUACUAGUUAGACCGUAAACAGAUGAUGCUACUGAUAACGAUAUGCCACUGUCCUUUGUUGUUCUACCAACAUGGUUGAGAAAAUAUAUUAAUCAUGAUGAGAAACUGA